UUUUUUUUUUUUUCACUUCUCAUCUGAAAUUUUUGAUACUGAACUUAAAUAAUAACUUCUCAGCAAUAACAAGUGAUAAAAAAUAUUUUUUCUUUUUUUUUUUUUAUCAAGUUUAAAAAAACAUGUCUUUUAUAUAUCUUCAGAAGCAUAAUAAUAGUAAUAUGUUCAAUUAUGUAAUGGAUGAACCUAUGAAAGAACGUAAGAUAAAUUUUAUCAAAUCAGUUUUUAAUUUUGCUAGUUAUGAAGAAAUUGACAUUGCAUUACAAGACUGUGAAGGAGAUGAAACUUUAGUUUUAUAUAAAAUGUCUUUCUCAAUGUACCUUGAAGAUAUUCGACAAAUUAUUAAAGAACGUCAAUUGAAAGUGUACUUAAGCCGUUUUAUUACAGAUGAACAAAAGGAAAUAGCGGCUCUGUAUAAAAAUGAUGAAGUUGAAACCAUCUCACCUAUUCCUUCAAUACUUAAUGAAACGUUGACUUGUUCAUCAUCAUCCACAAAAUCUAGUCCACUUACUUCACCUACUUUACCUACUUUACCUACUUUUCCGAUUUCAUCAACUACAUCAAUUUUGCCGAAUACAAACAUAAAUGAUGUGGAAAUAUCAAAGCAGCAUCCUCUUGAACAUAAUAAUUACCAUCUAUUUAGAAAUGUUUGUUUGGAUGAACCCCAAAAAAAAGGAAAAUGGUCCGAAGAUGAAGAUAUAUUGUUUAUGAAACGAUUAGAAGAGUUUGGACAUCAUGGAUCAUGGGGAGAAUUUUCUCUCGCUAUACCUGGUAGGAACGGUUACCAAUGUCGUGACCAUUUCAAAGCCUUGGUAAAACGUGGAUGUAUUAAAACAAGAAAAUCUGAUGAAUCAAGUAAAUAAAAAAUUGAAAUGAAGAGUGAUGGU